AUGUAUAUUGUUGGAAAAGAGUCAGAAGACUUAAUUGAGUUUAUUGAUAAGGCAUUUAAACCAAAAGAAGAUCAGCUACGAAAGAAGGGGAUUCAAUUUGAUCAUUAUGGCAUCAUGUAUAAUGUUCAGAUUGAAAUACAUCGUAAUGUGAAAGAUUUCCAGAUAAGACAAAUGGAAACAAGUCUAUUUGGUGCUUAUUGCCUUCUCUGCUGUUUGAAGCCAACCGAAUGGAAAGAUAUACAAAAGAUUGAAUCUGGCUUUCCUAUCGAAAGAACUGCUAAACGUACGCUUGAAAUUUAUGAACAAAUGCUGAAUGAAUCUGGUGACAUAAAGAACCUUAUUUUUCAUUUUUCUGAAUUAAUUUGUCGUAACAAUGAUGUUAGCAUCCGACAACUCUCCGAAGAAGCUUUGGAAGCUUGCAAUAAAGAUGUUCGAAACUACCGAGAAUUUCUUAGCCGAAAAUGUGGUGAUACUGUAAACUUAAUUGAUACUUUCAAUCGUCCAUUUGAACGAUCAGAUCCAAUGAUCGCUGAAAUAAUGAGAAUCCGGCUAGCAAUGUGA